AUGGACUGGGUUGUGAAUGAAGGCCCGUCUCUUUUCAUUGUGGGGGUGUGGCUGGGAUUCAAUAUAUUUCUCUUUCUGCAUACCUUUCUCUUGUACAACACGGACCAUUCUUACUACUAUACCCGUGUCAUUCUGGGCCCAGCACUGGCUUGUGCAAGGGCAUCGGCGAUGUGUCUGAAUUUCAACUGCAUGCUGAUUCUCCUGCCUGUCAGUCGAAACCUCCUGUCCUUCCUCCGAGGCUCCUGUGCUGUAAGUAACAGCUGUUGUCAUCAAGCUAUGAGAAGGCAACUGGACAAAAACAUCACAUUCCAUCGCAUGGUUGCCUACCUGACUGUUGUGCUAACAGCCGCACAUAUUGGAGCACACCUGUUCAAUAUUGAAAGGUAUCAUGAAAGCCAGUCGCUGGAAGCGGAGGAGCUGCUGAAGAAACUGUCCAGCCUGGGAGAGAACUCCAACGAGAGCUACUUGAACCCAAUUCGGACUUAUGACACGAGCACCACAAAGGAGGUUUUCAUGAGUAUUUCUGGAGCCACUGGAGUCCUCAUCACCGUUGGGCUGGUCCUGAUGCUCACAUCCUCGACUCAGUUUAUCAGACAAUCCUUUCAUGAGCUUUUUUGGUUAACUCAUCAUCUUUUUGUUGUUUUUUUCAUUGGCCUGGUUUUCCAUGGUGCAGGUCAAAUUGUCCGAGGACAGACUGUCGAGAGUCUAUCCAAUCACAACGUGUCUUACUGCAAGGACCACCUCAGUGAAUGGGGACACUUCUCAGAAUGCCCGCCACCACAGUUUGCUGGUAACAGCCCGUCGACGUGGAAGUGGGUUAUAGGUCCCUUGUUCCUCUACCUAUGUGAAAGAAUCAUUCGUUUCUAUCGAUUCCUGCAGGCAGUUAUUAUUACAAAGGUGGUGGCACACCCAUCGAAUGUCCUGGAACUCCAGAUGACAAAGCAAGGGUUUAAGAUGGAACCAGGCCAGUACAUCUUCCUGCAGUGUCCAGACAUUUCCCAUUUAGAGUGGCACCCAUUCACACUGACAUCGGCUCCUGAGGACGACCACUUCAGUGUGCAUGUUCGUGUAGUGGGGGAUUGGACUGGUGCCCUGCAGAAGACCUGCGCUAUUGAAGGGAAAGGGGGGAAGAUGUCUACAGAGUUACCAAGAAUUGCAGUUGAUGGACCAUUUGGGUCUCCCAGUUCAGAUGUAUUCCGCUAUGGAGUCAGUGUGUGCAUUGCGGCUGGGAUAGGUGUCACCCCUUUUGCUUCUGUUCUGAAAUCCAUUUGGUAUCAAUUCAAUGACGAUCGCAUACAAAAGAAGCUUCAGAAGGUUUAUUUCUUCUGGAUUUGCCGUGACACGUCAGCAUUUGAGUGGUUUGCUGAUCUGCUUCACUCUUUGGAGGUACUGAUGGUUGAAAGAGGCAAAAGCCAGCUUCUGAGUUACCAUAUCUUCCUCACUCGCUGGGACGAGACCCAGGCUUCUCACAUAGCCCUGCACCACAGUGAGAAGAGAGAUGUUAUCACUGGGCUCCAACAAAAGACCUUCUAUGGCAGGCCAAACUGGGAUGUUGAGUUCAAGCGCAUCGCUGAUAAUCAUCCUGGCAGCAGAAUCGGGGUAUUCUUCUGUGGACCCAAAUCGCUUUCUAAAGUUCUGCACAAGAUGUGCAACUCCUACUCAUCUGCGGACCCAAGAGGGGUUCACUUCCACUACAACAAGGAGAACAUCUAG